GAGAAAUGCAAAGUGUGACGUCGGUGUUCGUCUAGCACGAGAAGCCUCGGGAGACCCCAACUUCAGUUCCCCACUGGAUAUCUGGAGGCCGAACUUCUCACAGGUGCCUGCCUUUUCCAGCCUGGUGAUGGUCGCGCUCUUGUGAGCUCACUGCCUUUGCUCUUCACUCGAACAUUCUUCAUGCACACGUGCGCAGCGCAUCGAUGGUCAUGGUGCAUUUCUGGGCAAGAAGCUGGGACGACAGGAGCACGUGUGCCCUUUAUCAAGGACCUGCAGUGAGCUGCUUUUCUCCGCUUUACCAAUCCAAUGCCCACUGAUAACAUGCAUCUGUCAUUCACCGCAGCCGCGUCGCUUCGAGAUGCCAACUUUACCACUUUGCAGGAGCCCGCGGUGAACAUCAGCCGGCAGCUGUGCAAUGUGAGCAAAUCCUUCACCAGCACUUUCUUGCCAACUGUUUAUGUGAUCGUCUUUUGCGUCGGAUUAAUUGGAAACUGUCUGGGACUGAGCAGUCUGUUCCGUAAUUGGAAGAGACUGGGUAGCAUCAACAUGUUUGUCCUCAAUCUGGGGGUGGCGGACUUGCUGUACGUCUUCACCCUGCCUUUCCUGGUGCACUACUAUGCCACGCACCGACACUGGCCCUUCGGACCGAGCUUCUGUAAAAUGACGCGCUUCUGCUUUAAUUUGAACUUGUACGGGAGCAUCGGCUUUCUCACCUGCAUCAGCGUGUACCGUUAUUUGGGGAUUGUCCACCCCAUGGAGGUAAUGGGACGUAUCCGGAGCUACCACACGCUCUGUAUUUGCGCACUGGUUUGGAUUUUGGUCAUAGCUGUAAUUUCUCCCGAUUUGUAUUUUGAUAAAACAUUACCGGGUUUAAGCAAUGGCAGCUGCUAUGACACCACCACUAACGAUUAUAUCUCCGCAUAUCUGUACUACAGCCUUGUCUGGACCACCCUGGGCUUCUGCGUACCGCUGGUCAUUAUUUUGGGGUGCUACGGACACAUCGCCAUUGUGCUCUCUAGAAAUAAAAACGUGGAGCCGCCGCUGAAGCAGAAAUGCCUGAGACUUGUCGUGAUCCUUGUCGUCCUGUUUGUGGUUUGUUUCAUUCCCUACCACGUCCUGAGGAACUGGAACUUAAGAACCAGGAUACUGCAGUUACAAGGACAAUGCAAGCCGGCAUUCGGGAGGAUCUACAUCUCUUACCAAGUGAGCCGGGGACUGGCGUCAAUAAACAGCGCCUUCAACCCCCUGGUCUAUCUGAUAACCAACGACGACUUCCAGACUCGAGUCAGCGAGUUUAGCCAGCGGGCGCGGCGAUCUGUGGCGCUCUUGAAGGAACGCAAAGGGCCCGAGGGACUGCUGGAUAAGUCGGACUCGAACGAGAUGAAGACUUUGGACGUGUGCGGACACUGAGGAGGGAUCGGGGUGUGAAUGGAGCCGAGACGACACCCCGCCCUCUUUUCUUAUUCAAAGUGGCCCUCGUCCUCCACAAAUAAGCGAACAUUCGACUGCGCUGAGUGAGAGAGACGAGGUGGGGACUUAUGGUGUUUACAUAGCACUUGGUCAAGGCUGUGAAGUUUCAAAGUACAACUAAACAGGACAUCAUUAUGGUAACGUUUAUUUGAAACUCUCUGUGCCGUUUCUGCUUUUAUGCAGUCUAUUCCUCCAUAUACAGCGCCUUUCACCUUAGAAGGGCAUCUUGUUUUUGACUCUCCUAAGAGUUAUUUAGCACAGCAGGACUGCAGAAGGAAUGGUUUGGUGUCUCCGAUGCUGAGGGACUUCUGCAGAUAAACUGGUAAAGUUCAAAAUCUGGUUGCGUGACUGUAAUACAUGGUUAGCUUUGCUUCCUCAUGUCAAACCACAAUGUUGCUUUCUGCUAAAGAUGCAAAUUCAUUUUAUGAAUACAGUAAAAAAAAACACAACUGCUGACAUAGUUGUUUUACUUGAA